UCGGGUCUGGCUCAUGAACCCUGAGAUCAUGACCUCAGCCAAAGUCAGAGGCUCAACCCACCGAGCCACCCAGGUGCCCCUCUUUUGUUGGUCUUAAUCAUAACCUGAAAUAAAGGCAAAGUACAAACUGGGGUGGUGAAGGAUAUGAGCCACAAAUAUUAAUACAGGAUUGACAGCUUUAAUUUAUAAAAAAUUCAUAUGGAAGAAUAGGAAACAGCAUCAGAAUGUCUGGGGGGGGCAAUAUGCCUGGAAAAAUCUCUUCCAGAGUAUAUUAAAUAGUUAAUAUGAAAAGUGAUCAGCCUCGCUGUCCUAUAAAUGUCUAGUAAGAUAAUAAUUUGAUCUAUUUCACCCAUCCCAUUAGUGAUGACUAGGGAAUAAUUGUUCUCAGUGUUGGCAGGAAUUAGGUGAGAGGCUCAUUCCCAUUAACAGUGUGAUAGGUUUAACUUUGGCAAUAUGCUCAGAAUUCAACUCCUAAACCCGAUGACUAUCUUUCUGGGAAUUUAUCAGAAAGUUUGUCAGGAAGUAUCAAAGAUGUGGACAAAGAUUUAUGUAUUUAUAAAGUGCACUAGUUAUAGUAGAUUAAAAAAAAAGCCACUAAGAUGUCCCACAAUCUUGGGAAUUACAGGAACCUACAAUAUGAUAUUAUGUAAGUAUAAAUAAUGUUUCUGAUUAUGUAAAAGCUUCAUCAAUUCUGCCACAAUGUGAACAGAGGCUGUCAUUGGUUGGUGACAUUAUGAGUGAUUUCUGCUUUGUAAAAGUGUUUUCCAGAGGUGCCUGGCUGGCUCAGUCAGUGGAGCAGGAGAGCCUUGAUCUUGGGGUUGUAAGUUUGAGUCCCACAUUGGGUGCAGAGAUUACUUAAAAAUAAAAUCUUAAAAAAAAUAACUAAAAAAAUGUUUUCCCAUGUUUUUAAUUUUUUUUUUCAUGACAAUAAGAGGUUUAACCCCAAAAUAAGGAAUUGCAGGCCGAAUUGCUUGCAGGAAGGCAACUUUGAGGCAGCGAAAACUGAAUCACACACGUGCAUUCCCAGUCUACCCUCGAACUUUCAGCCCACAUAAACAACAGAGUAACAACUUCCCCUCUUCUCAGUCCUUACCAUCACUUGACAGGCUUAAUCUCAUUUAAUGCUCCCAGUGCCUCCCCAACUUCAGGAUAAAAGAAGUGAGGCUUGAGGGGGAAAAUUCACCAGCCCAACGCCUUCCAUUUCAUUUUAGUGUUGUCUUGACCCUCCCUUUUUGCCCUAUCCCCUUUUAUUUAGUCCAGCCCAUCCUUCUGUAUCCUGGUCUUUGAGCUGAAGACUGGGACCCUUCCUCUCUCUGGAAAACUUCCCCUCCCCACCCCACCCCCCAGAGCCAAGGCCUGGGAGCUGGGGGCAGGCUUUCCUGAGAUCGCUUUCCCGCUUCCUUCUUCCCCGCCUUUAACUUUGGCUCCUGGGGCCACAGCCAGCUUGGUCACUUGCUAACCAGGCUCCUGGGUGCCUCUUCCUCCAAGAUCAGAGGCGCAAGUUCUGACGCCCGCAGGACACCCGGUGACCUGCUGCCCCAGGAAGGUUGGACAUGGCAGUUUUUCCAAACUCCUGCCUCCCCGCGUGCCUGCUCGUCCUCACUUUCUUCCAGCUGUCCAGGCCCGAUUCGGCCCCCUUCGACGUGAUUGGCCCCGCGGAGCCCGUCCUGGCCGCGCUGGGGGACGACGCCGAGCUGCCCUGCCGCCUGUCCCCGAGCGUGAGCGCCGAGCGCAUGGAGCUGCGGUGGUUCCGCGGGAAGGUGGCGGCCGCGGUGCUGGUGCGCCGGGACGGCCGCGAGCAGGAGGCCGAGCAGACGGCCGAGUACCGCGGCAGGGCCACGCUGCUGGACGGCGACAUCGCGGCCGGGCGCGUCGCCGUGCGCAUACACCGGGUCCGGGCCUCGGACGACGGCGAGUACCGGUGCCUCUUCCGGCAGGACGGACGCUACGGGGAGGCCAGCGUGCACCUGAAGGUGGCCGCUCUGGGCUCUGAUCCUCAAAUCCAUAUGGAAGUUCAAGAAAGUGGAGAGAUCCGGCUGGAGUGUACCUCCGUAGGAUGGUACCCAGAGCCCCAGGUGCAGUGGAGAACUUCCGAGGGAGAGAGGUUUCCAUCCACAUCAGAGUCUAGGAAUCCUGAUGAAGAAGGCCUGUUCACUGUGGUGGCUUCCGUGAUCAUCAGGGACACCUCCAUGAAGAAUAUAUCCUGCCAUUUCCAGAACCUCCUUCUGGGCCAGGAGAAGGAAGUAGAGAUCUCCAUACCAGCUCCCUUCUUCCCACGGCUGACUCCCUGGAUGGUGGCAGGGGCUGUCAUCUUGAUGGUCCUGGGACUUCUUACAAUUGGGUCCGUAUUUGGCACUUGGAGACUAUACAGGGAAAGAGCCCGACAGAGAAAGGAUGAAUUCAGCUCUAAAGAGAAACUCCUGGAAGAGCUCAAACAGAAAAAGGCCACCCUGCAUGCAGUUGACGUGACUCUGGAUCCAGACACCGCCCAUCCCCACCUCUUUUUGUACGAGGAUUCAAAAUCUGUCCGGCUGGAAGAUUCACGCCAGAAACUGCCCGAGAAACCAGAGAGAUUUGACUCCUGGCCUUGUGUGUUGGGUCGUGAGACCUUCACGUCAGGGCGACAUUUCUGGGAGGUGGAGGUGGGAGACAGGGCCGACUGGGCGGUCGGGGUGUGUAGGGAGAAUGUGGUGAAGAAAGGGUUUGACCCCAUGACUCCUCAGAAUGGGUUCUGGGCUGUGGAGUUGUAUGGGAAUGGGUACUGGGCCCUCACCCCACAGCGGACCCCUCUCCCAUUGGCAGGGCCCCCCCGCCGGGUUGGGAUUUUCCUGGACUAUGAAUCAGGAGACGUCUCCUUCUACAAUAUGGCCAACGGAGCCCAUAUCUAUACUUUCUCCAAUGCCUCCUUCUCUGGUCCCCUUCGGCCUUUCUUCUGCCUGUGGUCUUGUGGUAAAAAGCCCUUGACCAUCUGCCCACCCACUGAUGGGCCUGAGAGAGUCACAGUAGUUGUCGAUGCCAAGGACUUUGCUAAGGAGAUCCCGCUGUCCCCUAUGGGGGAGGACUCUGCCUCUGGGGAUACGGAUACCCUCCACUCUAAGCUAAUCCCUACCCAGCCCAGCCAAGAGGCACCUUAAGAAAUCUCCCAGCUAAACCGUUUUCCUUUAUGCUAAGCCCUCCCCUCAGUCCUCUCUGAGUCGCCAGCCCCCGACCUCACCCAGCCCCUGUUUCUUCCUGUUGGGUAGGGAUCAGUUGGUCUUGGGAAGGUUAUGUGGCUGCUGUUAGAGAGCGUGGGGUGUAGGGCCUUCCUCAUCUGUUUCUGUACUGGUACCCGGGGCAGGCGCGUGACUCUGAAGCUGUUUCCAGUGUCCUCCUGCCCCUCGCCCCAGGCGACAUCCUAUAGGGAGGGACAGCUCGGCUAUCGAGAUGGGGUUAGGUUGGCAUGUGGUUAUGACAGAAACAUCUCAGUGUCCAGAAGAGGGAUGAGUAGAGGAACAGCUUUUACACAAGCGGGAAACCCAAAAGGUUCUGGGAAGGGAAAAUUCGAGGCUGAAGUCCCAUAACGGAACCUGGGGGGACAUCGCAGUGGAGGAAAGGGAGGGGAACCUAGGCCAAUGACAAAUACCUGGCCUGCUCCUAGAGUUUUACGGCCUGUCUCUCAGAUUUUCUAAGACAUGUCCUACAGAGUAAAGGGAACUGGCCCUACUCCUGCGGGAUCUGAAAAAAAUGGUGUGGGGCGUGGAGAAGGGAUGAAGGGAGCAGGGCUGGGGCCCGGACAGAAGAUCUGACCCCGGGAGAAAAUGGGAGACAAAACCCAAGCCGUGUGCGUCGCCACGACGCGGAUCCUGCUUUCCUCUCUGCGGCCUCCUGUUUCCCCCUCACCUGGAGUCAUUCCAGCCUCACUUGCUGGGCCCCACAACUUUCCAGCUCUCUUCCUCCUUUUGACUUAGAAUCUCUCCGUCUCAGAGCCUUUCUAGAAACCCUGGUCAGUGAUGUCCCCUCUUUAGCAGCCGGUGUCGGCCUCGGGGCCCCUCAGCCCUCAUCCCAACAUCUGGUUUAGCCCCCUCAAACCCCCCUUCCAUCCGCUCGCCAAGCAGCUCAUGCCCACGCCCCGCCACCGGUCACUCUCCCCCCCCCCCCCCCCAGCUUUCCUGCGUGCCGUUGUCCCCGGGGUCCCCGGAGGCUGUGUCAUCGCGCUCGACACAGCUGGACUGACCGCACCUGCUUGUGUCUGCGCUUUCCCAUAUACUCGGGGCUUGUCACGCCAACGGGCCGCAGGUGUAUCUGGGCUCGCCCCUUCUACUUCCGUUGUGUUCUUCCAGUUUCCAGCGUGGGUGUCGCCCGUGGUCUUGACCUAAUAAAUAAGUCUGUUGAUUGCUGAAAGCGG